UAUCAGUAGAGACGUGUGAAUUGUGAUUCUCAUUCAAUUCAAAACUAUAUUCAAUUCAAAUGAGGUAUGUGUCAGACUCAUUUCAAUUCACCGUGUAACUGUUAACCGGGCAUUCACUCACACCCAAUCUCAUCUCUUAGCUGCUAUACUAUACAGGCUUGCUUGUCUUCUUCCUCACAGCCCUACUGAAACCAGAAAAGAUUCUACUUUUUCUUCAGUUUCAAUAUCUUCGUCCUUUUUCGUACUUCGGGCCUCUAAAUCUUCUAUCCAUAACUCCAUUUUUCUCUCAUGCUUGAUUCCACAGAAUGAUUAUAAAAUCAUAGGUUAACAGAGAGUUGUUGAAGAAUGAAGUCUCCUUGGUUUUGAUGCUUCAUGGUGGAAAGGAGAGGUAAUGGGUGAUGAGGUUUUGCAGGAAAGGUGUUUGAGGAAAAGCGUGAAAGAAAGAAAUAGUGUUAUCUAGUGUUGUGUUGGUGAAUGGGGGAGAAGAAGAAUAUGCCUGCAGUUUGGUUUUCUUUGAAGAGAUCUCUGCAUUGUAAGACAGAGCCAUCAGAAGUGCAUGAACCAAAGACCAAGAAACAGUUGGGCACAAUUUUGACUAGGAAAGCAGCAGGGAGGAGGUCUGGGUGUUCAAGGUCAAUAGCAAAUCUCAGAGAUGUGAUCCAUGGGAGCAAGAGACACUUGGAAAAGCCCCCAACUUGUAGCCCAAGAUCCAUAGGAAGCAGUGACUUUCUCAACCCAAUUACCCAUGAAGUCAUUCUUAGCAAUUCUACCUGUGAGCUCAAAAUCACCAGCUUUGGUGGCCUCCACGACGGUCUUGGUGGCGGAGGAGACGGCGGUGGCUCAUUCCUUGGUACACUCAGGCCUGGCACACCUGGGCCUGGUGGACACCCUACAAUGCAUUACUUUAACUCUUCCUAUAGGAACCCAGUACCAGCAAGUCCUCCAAGGAGAACCUCUGCACUUCUGGGAGAAAAAGAGAUGUCUGGAUUUGCUUCAAAACCUUGUAGGGCAGAUAGCAAUGGGUGUUCAGUAGUCACAUGUCACAAGUGUGGUGAGCAAUUUGGGAAGUGGGAAGCUCUUGAAGCACACCAUCUCUCCAAGCAUGCAGUGACUGAACUUUUGGAGGGCGACUCGUCGAGGAAAAUUGUUGAGAUAAUCUGUAGGUCGAGCUGGGUAAAAUCAGAGAGCCAAUGCGGUCGAAUUGAAAGAGUGUUGAAAGUUCACAAUACACAGAAGACUCUUGCUAGGUUUGAAGAAUACAGGGAGACGGUAAAGAUGAAGGCCAGUAAACUCCCGAAGAAACACCCUCGGUGCCUCGCGGAUGGCAAUGAGCUACUGAGGUUCUAUGGCACAACAGUGGCAUGCUGUCUGGGCAUGGAUGGAUGUUGCAGUCUGUGUGCAUCGGAUAAAUGCUGUGUGUGUCGAAUUAUAAGAAGUGGAUUCUCGACGAAGAAGGAACUCAAAGGUGGGAUUGGGGUUUUCACAACUUCCACAAGUGGGAGAGCCUUUGAAUGUAUAGAGAUGCAUGGAGAUGAUCUGUCCCAAAGCCAAAGCCAAAGCCAAAGGAAAGCCAUGAUAGUGUGCAGAGUGAUAGCAGGUCGAGUGCAUAGGCCUCUGGAGAACAUACAAGAAAUGGCUGGCCAGACUGGUUUUGAUUCACUGGCUGGGAAAGUAGGCCUCUAUUCAAAUAUAGAGGAACUUUAUUCGCUUAAUCCUAGAGCCCUCCUUCCUUGUUUUGUGGUGAUCUGCAAGUCUUGAAGAGAAUUAGUCUCAUAAUGAUGGAGAUACCGGAUGUAACAUGCAAAAAAAACAAAGAACUUCUAUUGCAAUAUUGAAAUCUGGCAAGGUUGAUAUAUGGUUUUUGCCUUGAUCAUUCAUAAGCUUUAACUUACUCUUAUAUAUAUUGAUUUUGCUGCCCAUCUGUUUCUUGGAACUCCAUUACAACAUGUAAUUCAAAAAUUUCAGAUA